AUGAUUCGGUUUCGGUGCGGCUUUGGGUCAUUGCAGAUGAGUUCGGCAUUUCGUGCGCUUAUGCUAAUGGCCACGUUGGCCGGGAGCUUGCAAGCCAUCAAGUGUCCGCUGGAGCGCAAGGACCGGGAAGAACCACGAAGAGUCAUACUGGAUCUGGAUGGAGGUGGAGAUGAUGCUUGGGCGCUGGUAAUGCUGCUGGCUAACGAAAAGCAGUACAACAUCUGUGUCCUGGCCGUAACCUGCUCGCAUGGAAAUGCUCGUGUACCAGACGUGCUGGUUAAUGUGUUACGCAUCCUCGGUAGUCUUGGAAGAUUGGACGUUCCGGUGUAUGCUGGAGCUAGCGAGCCAUUGAUUACACCGGGACCACAUCGAAACGCUUCCCACUAUUUCUGGGGUAACGAUGGGUUUGGAGAUGUCCAGUUUGACACUUUGCCUUCUGUGGACUCGCUACAUCCUCGACACGCAGUUGAGGCUAUGCGCGAGCUGUUCGAAAAGUAUCCAAAGAAGAUCACCUUACUAGCGGUGGGACCACUCACAAACCUGGCCCUACUGUACAAAAUGUUCCCGGAGACGAAAGACAAAGUAGGCGCCCUGUACGUUCUUGGUGGAAAUCGGCACGGUGUCGGUAAUACAGGUUCGGCCUCGGAGUUCAACUUUUUUCGCGAUCCCGAAGCGGCCCAUAUUGUGCUAAAUAACUCCCCUAUGAUCGUGCACGUGUUUCCAUGGGAAACGGUACUGUUGCAAACGUUUACCACCAGAUGGCGCUUUGAGACGUUCGGAGAAACGACGAACCCUGCCAUAGAGGUGCUCAAUCGGGUUGAAAAAGAAGUGUAUGCGGAUGAAGAAAUCUGGACACCCUGCGAUAUGUACGUGGCGUCGAUCUUCUUGAACAGCAGCAUCCUCCAGUCGGUGCAAAGCUAUCGAGCUGAAGUUGAACUAACCGGGUCGGUCACUAGAGGAAUGAUGGCCAUUUUGCAUCACGUGAAAGACGUCAAUCAGCACAAUGUGGUCGUUAUAGAUAAGAUUGAUUCCCAGGAGGUGCAGCGAAUGUUAGUUGCAUUAAACUAUGAAAAGUGA